CUAGAAGCGCUCAACGUGGAUUGUCUCUAUAACAAAAUCACAUAUUCGUCAUAUAUUUCUCAGAAAACUUUCAUAUCCUUUCUCAAACAAAAAUAACGAAUUUUACGGCACUCAGAGAAGACUUGACACAUUUGUGAGGGUACAAGAGUUCGUGUAUUAGGAGACUGCAAGAAUUCCUGUGCCAUCAUAAAACGUGCCAGUCCUUGAGGUGCCAUAAAACUGUCUUAUGUCGCAAAAGGCGAACACUUCCAGCGGUCUGCAAAUUUAUCUCGAGGCAAAGUUCUUUUUUCCAAGUGCGAUGCAACACUUCAAGAGAGUACCCAGUACUGUAAAAAAAAAACAAUCACUUCUACAGCAUUUGAGGGCAUUUGGCCGAUACUCUCUUGGGAUCCAUCGGGAAAUUUCUGGAGUCCGGCCCUCCUCGGGAGAAAUGGGGGUGAUGAUGGGCAGCGGCAGCUGGGCGAGAGGGAGGCUCCAAGCCUGGCUCCGCCUGGCCAGAGGGGGACUUCAAAUAAUGCAGCCCCCUUCCUUGGACGGAGACGCCGAGGGUUUGCAGUCGCCAUGGCAAGGCAGCCAGCCAAAACUCUGUGGUAUGACCGUCCACGAUAUGUGUUUAUGGAGUUUUGUGUGGAAGACAGUACAGAUGUGAAAGUGGAUCUUGAUGAUUACAAGGUGGUGUUCAGCUGUAAGAAUGCUGAUGGUAUAGAGAUGUACAAUGAGAUCAACUUUUAUGACCGGACAAAUUCCAAGGAUUCUCAGAACAAGCGCUCAGGCAGGUCCAUCACUCUCUUUGUGCGCAAGUGGAAGGAAAAAGUGGCCUGGCCACGGCUGACCAAGGAGGACAUCAAGCCAGCAUGGCUUUCUGUGGACUUUGAUAACUGGCGGGACUGGCAAGGAGACGAGGAGGUGGAAGCAGCCAUGGUUGAACAGUAUGCAGAGCUCAUGCAGAGUGUCACAAAGAAGGGGCCACCUCCUGCCAUGGAUGACCUUGAUGAUGACAUCUGAAAAGUGCAUGUUCCAAAGGUAUGAAAGCACCACUGAGAUUAAAGCAAGAGAUGGUGGAGAAGAAAUGGAACGGAGGAAGUGAUGACUGAUGUACACACCUCAGGGAUUUUCAUGUUUUACAGUUUUGCUCCAGGAGGCUGCAUGAGGAGCACAAGCCCUAGCCUUAGAGGGGGACUCUUUCCUCUUAGACUCUUAUUGCUGAAGGACAAUGUAAUGGACACAGUCCUCUCUCCCCCUUACAUAAGUGGGAACAGGACCUCCUAUGGUAUGCUGCUGCUUGGUUCUGUUCUGGCUUUACUUUUCUCUCUGACCAGCACUCCUUUUUCUUUCUGUCCUUCCCUCUCCAUUUCCCCUUUUCUCUCCAUAGCAUUUCUUUGAGAUGUAAAUAAAAGCAGGAAGCUAUUCAUUGACCUGAAAAUAAAUACUAGUAAUAAAUCUGAUCUUUUUGUUGACUGUCA